GACUGGGAUAGAGAUAGGGACAGGGACAGGGACAGGGAUAGAGAAAGGGACAGGGACAGAGACAGGGACAGGGAUAGAGACAGAGACAGGGAUAGAGACAGGGACAGGGAUAGAGACAGGGACAGGGAUAGAGACAGGGACAGGGAUAGAGACAGGGACAGGGAUAGAGACAGGGACAGGGAUAGAGACAGGGACAGGGAUAGAGACAGGGACAGGAAUAGAGACAGAGACAGGGAUAGAGACAGAGACAGGGAUAGAGACAGGGAUAGAGACAGAGACAGGGAUAGAGACAGGGACAGGAAUAGAGACAGGGACAGGGAUAGAGACAGGGAUAGAGACAGAGACAGGGACAGGGAUAGAGACAGGGACAGGGAUAGAGACAGGGAUAGAGACAAAGACAGGGACAGGGAUAGAGACAGAGACAGGGAUAGAGACAGGGACAGGGAUAGAGACAGGGACAGGGAUAGAGACAGGGACAGGGAUAGAGACAGGGACAAGGAUAGAGACAGGGACAGGGAUAGAGACAGGGACAGGAAUAGAGACAGAGACAGGGAUAGAGACAGAGACAGGGAUAGAGACAGGGACAGGGAUAGAGACAGAGCAUCCACCUCCUCCUCCUCGUCCUCGUCCUCCUCCUCGUCC